CGUGUUCCCGGGGAUGCGGCCCCCGGGGAUGCGCCGCGACGUCCCCACGGCGCGCCCCGCGCUGCUGCUGCUGCUGCUGCUGCCGCUGCUGGGGGCGCCGCUCGGCUCGGGCACCGGCACCGGCACGCCCGCGGAGCUGCGGGUCCGCGUUCGGCUGCCCGACGGCCAGGUGACCGAGGAGAGCCUGCAGGCGGACAGCGACGCCGACAGCAUCAGCCUCGAGCUGCGCAAGCCCGACGGGACCCUGGUCUCCUUUACAGCCGACUUCAAGAAGGACGUGAAGAUCUUCCGAGCCCUGAUCCUGGGGGAGCUGGAGAAGGGCCAGAGCCAGUUCCAAGCCCUCUGCUUUGUCACCCAGCUGCACCACAAUGAGAUCAUCCCCAGUGAGGCCAUGGCCAAGCUCCGGCAGAAAAAUCCCCGCGCAGUACGGCAGGCGGAAGAAGUACGGGGCCUGGAGCAGCUGCACAUGGACAUGACUGUGAACUUCAGCCAGGGGGCCCUGCUGAGCCCCCAUCUCCACAACGUGUGUGCUGAGGCUGCUGAUGCCAUCUAUGCCCGCCAAGAGGAUGUCCGGGUCUGGCUGGACAGAGGUGUGGACAGUUCUGUGUUCGAGGCUCUACCCAAGACCUCGGAGCAGGCAGAGCUGCCUCGCUGCAGUCAGGUGGGGGAUCCGGGGAAGCCCUGUGCCUGCCGCUACGGCCUCAGCCUAGCCUGGUACCCCUGCAUGCUCAAGUACUGCCACAGCCGGGACCGGCCAGCGCCCUACAAGUGUGGCAUCCGCAGCUGCCGGAAGACCUACAGCUUCGACUUCUAUGUGCCCCUGAAACAGCUGUGCCUGUGGGAUGAGGACCCCUAGCAGCUGGGAGAGGGCCGGGGACGGCUGCUCUUGGCCCCACAGGUCCUCCACUGCCACCAGAGGCCGUGGAAACCCCACCUGAGGCCUUAAUUCUCUUCCCGCGCCCUGGGGCCCAGAAGCCAUGAAGUCCACAGGACGGCCAUCCAGCCUGUGACUAUGUGGGGGUGCACAGGACCAGUCUUCAGACUUGCACCUCCACCCUCGCAGGUUCCCUGGAAUGGUCACAAACAACUGAAAUGUGACAGCCCAGCAUCUUCUGUGGGCAUGUUAAAGAGUAACUCAAAGGUAUCAGAGCCGCCGUGCUUCUCACUCAGACAUCCGCAAGGCGCUCAUUCUGCCCUAACCUGCUCCCGGCCAAUGAGGGGGCCAUCAGAGUUGGUCUGCUGGGGACCCCAGCUCGAGCCCCUGUACCAGAGUUAAGCACACUUCUUCUGCCCACCCCCAAGCCCCCGCCAAGUUGGUAGGGGUCAAGGGAAACUGACUGCCACCCCCCCAAGACCAUGUGUGCCUUUCCCCAGACCUGGACUUCGCUGCUAAAGCCGGCACCAGUUCUUCCUCCCUCUAAACGGAAAUCGUCUUGCAAGGUUCUGGGGCAGGGAGGGAGCAUGAAGUAUAAGGAAAACUUGAAUUCCAGAUUUUUAAUACAAAAUAUUUAUCAUUUGUACCAGGAAUAAAGGUUUUAAGUUUU